UCUGGAGUGCUAUUAUUAUCUGAGGAGGAAAAGAGAACAUUAAUAUCGGAGGGUUAUCCUAUACCUGGUAAAUUACCGCUUACAAAACAAGAGGAAAAGAAUCUGAAGAAAAUCCGUCGAAAAAUAAAAAACAAGAUUUCUGCACAAGAAAGCAGAAGGAAAAAGAAAGAAUAUUUAGAAACUUUAGAAAAGAGAGUUGAAGCUUAUAACCAAGAGAACACAGAAUUAAAAAGAAAGAUGGAUUCUUUAGAAAAUAAUAACCGUUCUUUAUUAAGUCAAUUACAUAAAUUACAAGCUUUAGUUGGUAAAACCUCUGCCACACAAACAGGAACAGUGCUAAUGGUCCUUGUUUUGUGUUUUGCCGUCUUCCUUGGCGGUUGGUCAUCA